GAAAAUGGGGAAAUACUUGGAGUCAAAAUUUGGUAAACUUUUAGUGUGUUUUUAAGUACAUCUGAUACUACUGUAAACCACUGAUAAACAUUUUGUUAGAUUUUAUAAUAGGGUUAAACCAUAUUUGCACCUGACUAUACAGAACAACCAGCAAAACAUAAAGUACAACUGCCCCUGUUUUCUGGGGAUUACGGUAACCAGCGUCAUGCUACCGGAAAGGCCAUUGUGUUGUCUCUUUUGUGAGCUAACCCAACGAUUGUGUAGCGCUUUUUCUACAACAUAAUUCUCAGCGGCAGCAAAGUGAAACAUGUCUACAGACAUGCCGCCGGGCAGUCUGAAUCUGGAGUCGCAGCUUUUGUCCAUAAUGGACGUGCUGGUGAAAGCAGCGGUGACAGAAAUCAGUCAGCUGUUCUCGGAGAGCUCGGCGUCUCUCCGCCUGCAUUUAACCCAGAGCCUGAAGGAAAACGAAGCCCUGAGGAUGAGGAUGAAGGUGAUGAGGAGCGAGCUCUUCUCCCUCAGGCUGCAGACCAGGACCAACCGGCCGGUCAGCCGCUUUUCCCCGAUCCGAAACAUCCCCAAACCACGGGCUAAACCACAAGUUGUCAUUAAGCCACCAGUCGCUCAAAAGACUGUCAGAGAAGCUCCUUCUAUUUCUCUCCAUUCAGAGAACAAGACUUCGUCCUCUGCUGCUCAGAUGGAGUCUGCAGAAGGGGAGACUCCAGAUGUGAUCCUGAUCAAAGAUGAAGAUGACGUCGGAGGAUGUGGGCCAGAAGUAGGUCAGGAUGACUUUGGAAACCACAGUACGCAGGCUGGUGUUUCUGCUGGGACUCAGAAUUUAGAGUCCUCCUGCCUGACAGAUGAUAAUGAGGAGCUGAAAAUCGUGUGUGUUCACGGAGGAGGAGAAGGGCCUCUGCAGGAGGAAAGUGACACUCUGUUCACUGCAGAUGAAAUCCAGGCGUUUAGCUCUCUGUCUCCUGACCAUAAUGUCACCCAUGACAGUCUCCGACAGAAUUUCACCACCAGAGGUAUGCAGGAAAACAGAAACAUUCAACUGGACCGAAAUCAUUCCUCCCAAAUGGCUUCAACAGCAUUAAAUUCUGCAAUUGCAACACAGAUAGUCGGAGCCGACGGUCAAGUGGGGCAUCCGAGUCACGUCAGCCAGUUCACGCAGCAGCAGAACGUCUUCCCUCACAGCACCAACAAAUCCCUGGACUGCGGCUUCUGUGGCAAGCGCUUCCUCAGCCGCGAAGAUCUGAUCGUGCACCGGGCAACUCACACCGGGGAGCCGCCAGUUCUUUGCACCUUUUGCGGCAAGUCAUUCGUCAACAAGACCACACUGAGCAUCCACAUGCGCAUUCACACGGGGGAGAAGCCGUACGCUUGCAUGCAGUGUGGGAAACGCUUCACGCAGAACGGCAGCUUGAAGAUUCACCUGAGGACUCACUCUGGAGAGAAGCCGUACACCUGCAAUCAGUGCACCGCCAGCUUCAACAACCCCAGCAACCUGCGCAGGCACAUGAUCACACACAACACUAACGGCCUGCUCUGACCAUGAAACAUACAAAGGUUUAAAGACUUCACAUGGAAUUUUUUAUUUUUUUAAGCAUGUUACUUUUACUGACAUAGUGUGUGUUUGGGAAAUGUGAGUUUCCUGUAUUAGUAUCUCAUGUUCUUCUUCUUCUUUGUGUUUAUUGUUUCGCCCCUGCACAGGGAACGUUAUCUGGUACACCAGGGGUUUUCAAAGUCUGAGACUCCAAUAACCCAUUGAGGCCUAAAACGCCUGUAAAACCUCUGGGCGAUUUUAAAAUAAGCCCCUAAAACCUGAAGUUUUUCUGGAAAUUCAACAGAAGUGUCAACGCUUCUACUAAAUAAUAGAUUUUUCAGCCUCUGUAGCAGAUAGACAUGAAAUUCAAAAAGUAUUUGAGAGCUUAUACAAAUACUACAAAACGACAUAUCCGCUUUCCAGGCUUCAAUGGGAUAAGACAAAGCUUGGAAAAAGGCACCUCCUCACCUGCCCCUUAGUUUACUUGCUUGUUUAAGCUUAAGUCCUGAAUACCAGUGUGAUCAUAAUCAUGUUAUUUGGUUCCAGAAAUACUCAACAAUCAAGCUUGGAUAGUCCAAAAUUGCUGCUUGACUUGUAACUGUUAUAGGAGGAAAUCCUGUGCAGGUCAGAGAGAUGUGGAUGGCUGAGCACAUAACUGAUUUGGAUGUUAAAAUGAACAGAAACAUGAACAGUAAUAUUAGAAAGAAAAAACCUACAGGUAAUGAUGGGUGAUGCACAUAUGUUACAAUAUCAGUGUACUUUGUUAGAAAGUAAACAAUGAAUAAUAUCUGUAAUUCAGUUAAUUAAAUGAGUAACUAAUUCACAUGAGGGUCAUCCAGACAUCCAAUAUUGCCAUAAAGUAGUCCUGCUUUGAUUUAUUGUCAUGUUGGCAAAAUCCAGUUAUGAUAUGGUUUAUAUUGCCAUUUUUUAUUGGUAUAUAUUGCCAUUUUAUCGUAUUUUAUUGAUUCAAACAUUUAUUUAACUAAUAUAUUUAGCAGUAGGAUUCAAAAUCUAUUUUUCAAUAGAGUCUUGGCCAAGACAGCAGCAUAAAAAAGUUUCACAUAAAAACACAAACAGGCGUAAAAUAACACAGAAAAAAAAGUUUAAACAUAAAAGACACGAGACAAAUCUUUGGCUUGCUGUACAGUGAGCUUUAUACCUGGUAUAAGAAAAGAGACAUUUGCCCAUCUUUCAGUUAUUUGUUUGUUAAAUUUCAAAAGCAAACUACCUCCACUGUUGUCUCUGUUGCAGCUCUCUUUUACUCUUUUUGUAUUUCCCAUAUAGUUUCAGACUGGACAAUAAUCAUUUUUUAUGUGAAUUCUGUCUGUGGAUUUGUAAUCUGGGUAUGCAAUUAUGAAUAAAAAUUGAUUUUUAAAAAAACAGUUUAAAA